AUGCUGUCUCAAGUCGAGAUCGCCCCGCCGGGUCUGCCAGCGAGGAAACUCUCUGUUUCCCAACAAUGGGUCAGUCAAGUCGAACAAAGUACCCUCGUUGACGGGCACGUCAUUGAAGCUGAGAAUGAAGACAAGAUGACGCCUUACCUAGCCUUCUUAAUCGCCGCGGCGGCACUUGGUGGUUUCCUCUAUGGUUACGACACAGGCGUUGUCGGGGUUGCACUUCCUUACGUUGGGACUGAGUUCGGUGGAAAGGUACUCUCGUACUCUCAACAGGAGAUUGCCACGGCGGCCACCACCAUCGGCGCCAUCAUCGGCGCUGCCAUCUUGGGCCUGUACGCCGACAAAUGGGGUCGAAAGCCCUGCUUGCUGAUCGCCGACCUUUUCUUUACCGCCGGUGCAAUCGUGAUUGCAGCCAGUUUUUCUCUCGGCCAGCUCAUCGCUGGUCGUCUUAUCCUAGGCGUCGGAGUGGGUGGUGCGGCUGUUAUAUGCCCACUUUACAUAACUGAGCUGUCUCCGACUGCGGUUCGUGGGCGAUGUGUCGGGACAAACGGCUUCUGCAUUCCGUUCGGCCAGACAGUCGCUGUCGCCAUUGGUUCCGGCAUGCAACACGUCAAGGGCAACUGGCGGAUCCUCUUCGGUCUUGGUGUUGUUCCCUCGCUUAUACAGCUCGCCCUCAUGCAUUUUCUGCCGGAAUCGCCACGAGUUCUUAUCCUUCGUGGCCAGGACGACAAGGCUCGAGAAGUACUCAAGCAAAUCUACAAGUACGCCACACCCGAGAUCAUUGAGCUCAAGUUGAAGAUCGUCAAGGAUCACGUUGCCGCCACUACGGCUCUGCAGCGCUCGACCACCUUUUGGCAACGCUCCAAGAGGCUGUGGACCCACAAGCCGUAUCGCCGUUCGAUUUUCACCGUCAGCUUUAUCCAGGUCUUUGGUCAAUUCACCGGUUAUAACACCCUUCUCUACUACGCUGGUACGCUGUUCGGACUCCUGGGCCUCUCCAACCCGUCUGUUGGCGGGUUGAUCCCCUCGAUCACCAAUACUUUCUUCCUUCUUCUUGGCAUGAUCAUGGUGGACCGGAUUGGUCGUCGUGGGCUGCUGAUGAGAUUCGGUCCCAUCAUGGUCGUUGGACUCACUUGGAGUCUCGUCGCUUUCUACUACAUGUGCAAGCCGACAGGAGGCUUCCUCGUUGCUGGCUUCGAAUAUCCCCAGAAAAACGUCGGCCUGGUUAUCGCCGGAAUCGUCAUCUUCGUCACCGGCUUCGGCUCCACCUACGCACAUCUUUGUUGGUACCAGUCCGAGUACCUCGCUCUCGAGAUUCGUGCGGCGGGCAGUGCUAUAAGCACGACCGCGAGCUUUACGGCAAAUUUGGUGGUCGCCGUGUCCUUCCUCACCCAACUCGAAACGCUUACUCCCAGCGGGACAUACGGUCUAUAUCUCGGCUUCAUCCUCAUCGGCCUUGUGCUUGCCUACUACUGCUACCCCGAAACCAAGGGCCUAUCGGUCGAUGAAGCCUUCACCCUCUUCGACGAUGGCUUCGGCGUCAAGAAAUCAAAACAGAUGCGGAAAGAGAAGAUCGAAAUGCAAAAGAACUACAGAGCCGAGGACGCUCAGUGGAUUCCAGCCGAGACCGCUCCAGGCGAGGUGGGAGAGAAAGACAGAACCUUCCAGAUCGAGAACGUACAAUCCGUCCAAUCCACCCGGUAA